AUGACAUGUUCAUCUACAUUAUUUUGGCGUAUUGAAACAUCACCUCCAUCAUAUAUUUUUGGUACAAUUCAUAUUCCUUACAAACUUGUUUGGCCGUAUGUAUCGAAAGAAAUUCGACAAGCAUUUAUGUCAAGUACACAUUUUUAUGCAGAAAUUGAUGCAAUAGAUGAUACUUUUUGGGAUGAUUUUCUUCUAUGUUUAGUAAAUCGUUCAAAACGAAUUGAACGAUCAACUAAUCCGGUUACUAAAGGUGAACUACUUGAUAUAUAUUUAACAUUAGAAGCUCGUCGUUUAAAUAAAACUGUAGGUAGUUUAGAAUCAGCUGAAUAUUUUUGUGAGAAAGAAAGUUGGCGUUUUAAUUUAACAACAUGGAUAAUGAUUUUGACUUAUAUCAAAAAUAAAAUGAAAAAUGAAACAUUUAGUAUUGAUCUUAUAAGACAUGAUUUAAAUGAAUUGAUAAUAAAAGAUUAUAUUUGUAAUGAAAUUGAUAAUACAUAUAUGAAAAUUUUAUUGGAAAAAAAUGAUGAUCUACAACAUAUUGAACAACGUGAUGAACAAAUAUCACAUCAUAUUCAUAGAUUAUUAAAUCAUUCGAAUAAUAAUCGAUAUUUUUUUGCUAUUGGUGCUGGUAUUUGA